UGGAGCGCUACAUCAGAACUGCUCUCAACAUGAUUCGCAUCGAAGCCAAUCAUAAGGAUAUGUCGUGGUCUGAUACAUUGUGGAGGUUGCAGUUGGUCUUGAACAUAACAAAACAUAAGACUACGCAAUCUUCUCCCAUGAAUUUGCUUAUAGGUAUUAACGGUGCCACCCCUGUCAUACGUAACCUAGUCCGCGACUUGGCACUAGACAACUCCCCGCCUAAUCGAGCAGCAUGGCGUGAGUUGUGCCGAUCGAGGGCCAGCGAACUGUUGGAGCGAAAUCGUGAGCAGCAAGAUAGACGACUAAACGAGAGACGCCGCCCAGCUCGUGUGUUCCAAGUUGGGGAUCUUGUUUUUGCCAUCAAAUAUUCACAAUCGACGGGAAAGCUAGACCCUGGCAUGAGGGGUCCUUACAAGAUCAUCAAGGUGCUACCUGGAGGACGAUACGAGCUGAAGCUGCUGAGUGGCUCCUACGGAAAAACUACACAAGCAGCAGCCGAGUUCCUGGUACUGUGGCGCGGAGAGUGGUGCCCUGAGUCGUGCGCCGCUUUCUUUGAAAAUAAUGUCGAGGAUGUGGAAAAUUCGGGUGCUGAAACAUCGCAAGCACCCAGGCCUGUGACACCUUUACCAGAUGCUGAGGAGACCAUUGGCAGCGAAGGAACGACGUUGGAUGAUUAGAGAUCAAUUAGAAAGUGCAGUCGAGGACGAUGCAUAGUCAGGAGAAGCCGUAUUAGCAAUUUUAAGUAAUUGGGGUAGGGGUAUGGUAGCCAUUGCUAUAAAAGGCGAGCGUUCUGACAAACAAGUUUCACUUCGUUCUUGGCUCUCCGAUAGUACGCAUCGUGUUCGACGAGUCCUGUGUGGUAUCGUUAUAUUUUUCUUAUAUUUAUUUAGUUACGUGUUAUUCUGUUCCUAAUUAUGUGUCUUAUUGUGUAAUAAAAUUCUUGAUAAGUAAAUUAAUUUUGUUUUGUAAGAUUUGUUUUUUUUAAAUUAAAUCCACUUCUGAAGCUUAUAAUAUUUU